AUGGCUAAACAUAUUGCAAUUAUAGGUGCAGGGGUUUCGGGGUUAGCAGCUAUAAAAGAAUGUUUAGACAAUGAUUUGAUUCCGAUUUGUUUUGAACAAAAUUCUUUUAUCGGUGGGAUAUGGAGAUAUGAAAAUGUUAGCGAAAAAAAUAAAGAACCUUAUUCUUCAAUUUAUAAAAGUAUUUUAACCAAUACAUCAAAGGAAAUGACAACGUUUUCGGAUUUUCCAAUUCCCGCAGACUGGCCAACUUAUUUGAAUAUUUCUUUAGUAGAAAAAUACAUUGAUAUGUACGCUGAAAAAUUUAAUCUUUUGCCUCACAUUAAAUUUAAUACUACUGUGUUAAAUGUAUCAAUUCUUCCUGAUAAACGUUGGAAGGUUAAAUAUAUUAUUCAACAUGAGAAUGAAGAAAAAGAAGAGAUUUUUGAUUUUGUGAUGGUCUGUUCAGGUCAUCAUCGUAAACCUAGAUGGCCUGAAUAUAAAGGAAUGGAUUUGUUUAAAGGUGAACAAAUUCAUUCUCACAAAUAUAAACGAGCUGUAGGUUUUGAAAACAAACGUGUUUUGGUUGUUGGUUGUGGAAAUAGUGCAUUGGACAUUGCGGUUGAUUUAACUCAUGCCGCAUCACAAGUAUACUUAAGCAUUCGUAGAGGAAAACUUCCAUGGAUAAUACCACGAUUUGUAAAUGGUAAAGCUCGUGACCAUCGUACAUCUCGUUUCUCAGCAUAUAUGAUUCCACCUUCUAUUAGAGGCAAAAUGACAGAAAAUAGUAUUAUUAAAUAUUUUCCAUUCCCUUCUCACCUAAAGCCCACUGAUCCUUUAAUUGCAACACUUCCUACUAUAAAUUUUGAAAUCUUUCAGUGCUUCGCAGCUGGUACAGUUAUUGUGAAACCGAACAUUAAGGAAUUAAAAUCAGAAAAUAAACAAAUUGAAUUUGUUGAUGGGACUUUCUUGGAAGACAUUGAUACUAUUAUUUAUUCCACUGGUUAUUAUAUUGAUUAUCCAUUUUUAGAAGAGCAGAUUUUUACCGGUGGGGAUGAAAUUGAGCAAGAAUUUGGAAAAGAUUUUCGUGAUUUAGUUUGCUUAUAUAAAAUGUUAUUUCCUCCAAAGUAUCCAAAUAUCGCUUUUCUUGGAUUGGUAUUAGGAGCUGGCGCUAUCUGGCCAAUUAGUGAGAUGCAAGCACGUUACGUAACAAGUCAUAUUAAAGGAUUUAUCAAACUCCCAUCACAAUCCAAAAUGGAGAAAUCUAUACGUAGCUAUUAUGAAAGUAUUCAUAGAAAUUGUUGUAAAGCCGCUCGUAGUGCUAUUCGUUUAAAUUAUAUAUCCUAUAUGGAUACUUUAAGUAAAGACAUUGGAUGUUAUCCUUAUUCUUACGAGAUAAUUAAAAAGUUUGGUUUUAAAUUUUGGAAAUUAAUUAUGUUCGGCAUGGUUACUCCUAUUCAAGAAGGAACUCUUGGGAUGGUGCAAGAGAAGCUAUUACACUUUAUAACAAAGAUAAAUUUAAACCAAUUACUAAAAGAAAGAUCUAUAAAUUCUUGA